UUCUAAAAGGCUAAAAGGUUUAACGUUUAACGUCGUGCGACCAUUCAAUUUCCAAAAAAAGGUUUAACUAAACCACCAGCAAGAAGAAAAGACAUACAAUGGAUGAUAAGCGGCGUGAAGACUUUGCGAAAGCUUUAUACGUGCUCGCCAACCAGGGCCCAAAGGAGCAGCGGCCGCCACGGUGUGAGCCCAGAGUGCAGCCGGUUAAUGGCAUUGUGCAGCCCCCGGUGAUGCCGCCACCCAAUCGUAAGGGAAGGGUCACCAAUUUCCUGUUGAAACUGAAAACCGCUGUGAAUGCGAUGUUGCGCAACCCUUCCUCGCUGCACUUUCGCCAUCCUGUCAAUGCUGUAAACCUGAAGAUCGGGGACUACCACGAAAAAAUCGCAAACCCCAUGGACUUGAACACAAUCAAGAAAAGAUUUGAGUACACAUACUACUGGGGCGGAGCAGACGUCCUGGAGGACAUUCUACUGAUUUUCGACAACUGCCGAACCUACAACAGUCCGGAUUCGCCCGUUUUUAAAGCUGCUGUCACCCUGUGCGAAGUCUUUUGGCUGCGCAUGGCGAAAAUGCAGAGGGAAUUGCACAAUGAGUGCAAGGCCGAGGCCAAGACCAGGUGUUCGCGGAAGGCCGCCAUUCCAUUGCCGAUAAAGAUUAAGGUGGAAAACAAGGAUGAGCCCCAGCUAAAGGCAGACGAUCCACCGCCCUCAUUUGAGGCCGUUCCCAAUCUACAACCGAAACCGUUCACGCCCGUGACACCGGCCCGUCGUGGUCGCGGCCGACCUCCGGGGCCGCGAAGUCUUACCCGAGCUGACGCCGAUAGAAAUGCUAUUAUCUCGCAAGCAUUUCCAGCGCUUCAGCGACCCACAAACUUCCUGAAGAACUACGGAACUCGAGUGAAAGUCGAACCACUCCCAGUGGAACCAGUGGAACCAGUGGAACCAUUGGAACCAGUCGAACCAGUCCUUGAUCGCCUCAGCUUAAAGGCUAUCCUGAAACCUUUUGAUCUGAAGAUCGAGCGCACAUACAGCCAGACACUGGUCAAUUCUCUACGUCGUUGUACGGACUCUUGGCCAUUCAACAAUUCGUCGAUCUGGACGCAUUUUGGACAAAAUCUAAAUUAUGACUUCCAUGAUGAGCCUCUGGAUUGGAACAUUCUGGAGAAGAUGCUGGCGGGCGAGCAGUUUAAGGGCUGGAACUGGAUGCUGAUUCAGUUACACGGAAUGCUGCAGAACGCAAUGUCCUGCUUCACCGAAUGCUAUUCGGUCCGCAAAGCGACACAGAAGACCUUCGAAACGUUUGUGGAAAUGAUACCUAAGUAUGAAGAACGCAUGGCGCACGUAAAGGCGACGGCUCAUGAAGAUGUUCGUUUGAAACUUGACGCCAUGACACCAUCUCAAAAAGAGGAACUCCUAAAAUAACUUGAAUUAUACAAGAAAGCAAACAUAAAUCAUUCUAAUUGGGUUUGUAACAGAAAUUUGAAUAAGGAACUAAGGCGCCAUCUAACGUGUUCGUUGCGAAGUACUCACUGCAUGCUUUCUAUCGAUAAUUUCAUUUAUCGCACAAAUAUACCGA